AUGAUUCGGGCAGUGAUAGGCUUCUUCAGUCUAUCCAGUCAACAGACCAACUACUGUGACCCAAAGUUGUGCCCAUCUGGCGAACCCCACAUCGCGUGCAACGGAUUGAACAAGUUGUCCUCCACCUGUGGCCCCGGAGCCCAGGAAGUCAAUCUCGCCCCUUUCCAAGACCUAAUCCUGGAUCUUCACAACCAGCUUCGCAACAGGGUGGCGCUGGGAUUGCAAAACUAUACCCGCUAUGCGUUCUUUCCGCAGGCCGUCCGGAUGCCAACACUGCAAUGGGACGCCGAAUUGGCCACGGUCGCUGCAACCAACGCCCGACGAUGCAUUUACGGGCAUGACGAGUGCAGGUCAACAGUGCGAUUUCAGUACGCCGGCCAAAAUAUCGGAUUGUUUUCAUACUACGCGCUAACCUUCACAGUUACCGAACAGAUUACGGACUUUAUCAACGAUUGGUACUCGGAAUACACCCUCACUACGCCAGCCUUUUUGGCCAAGUACCCAAGGGGCUAUAACGGUCCAGACAUUGGCCACUUCACGCAGAUUGUCUCGGAUCGGACCAACCGCAUCGGAUGUUCGUUGGUCACAUAUUACGAUACCACCUGGAUUAACCAGUACUUUGUUUGCAACUACGCACUGAUUAAUCUAAUCGGUCAACCGGUGUAUGUGGCGGGCAUAGCCUGCUCCAAGUGCACCACGGGUUGUAGCGUUAAAUACCCAGGACUUUGCAACACAAAUGAAAUAGUCAUUGCUAAACCAUAAGAUCGUAACUAAUUUUAAAGAUUUAAGUCACAGCUGCACGUAGCUCAACUCUUCCUCAAACCAAAUCCCCACGCCUGAAGAAUAAAACAAUCGCGAUAGUCUGAAAAGUUUUGGCGUCCAGCUUUGUGUUCCCUGUCGCAGCUUUUAGCUUUUCUUUUUAAACUACAAAUGACGGGUUUUAAGGAGGGACCGAAGAAGAACGAUUCAAUCGUGACAACUUAAAAGUCCAUAGCGAAACGUGAGCUAGCUGAUGGAUUUUAAUUUUUCGUAAAAACAUGCCAACCAGCUGAAACGAUUUCCACGGGGAUGGCGGGCAAAAUGGU